GGGAAGAGACGCUCUCCCCUUUCCCGGAUUUCCACCUGGCUGGUCGGGGAACGGAGUCCAGCUAUUGAAAGUUUUCGAAAUGUUGAGUUUGGGAAGCGGAGGACCAAAACCUGCAAAACCAUCGUUCGUGUCCUACGUCACUCCAGGGGAAAUAAAUUCGGAAAAAGACUCGUCCAAAAAAGUGGAGCAUCUUGACUUGUUGCCAGGUGAGGUGGUGUUCUGCAGCGCGACUCCGGUUCUGAGGUACACUCAGGAUGACCUGUCUCAGCGGGGCGUCUUCGGCACGCUCCUCUGCACCAACUUCCGCGUCUCCUUCAUCAGCGACGAGUCCCCGCAGGAGGAGGUGGCACAGCACUUUAAGAACAGACUGUAUGGAGAGAAUGACAUUCCUCUGUCCUGUGUGGACCAGAUAUACGGAGUUUAUGAUGAGAAAAAGAAGCUGAUCACUGGAGGCCAGGUGAAAAACAAGUACCCGUCCAAAAUAAUCUUUCACUGCAGAGAUCUUCGCGUGUUCCAGUUCUGUCUCACUUACGCCAAAGAGGAGGAUGGCAGACGGAUCUUCCAAGGCGUCGUCCGACACUGUCUGGAGCCGAAAUCUCUCAAGUGCGUCUUCGCCUUUUCCUACUCCGUCCCGGCAAAGCCAGUUUUGCAGGAGAACCAGAGAACGGUCAUGUUUGAGUCAUUAGAGGAUUGGCACCAGGAAAUGAGACGCACUAAAGGGGACUGUAAACCAAUCAGAGACAACGAGGCCUUUGAGAUCUCUCACAGGUUACCAAAGUAUUUCAUCGUCCCAGCAGCCGUGGAGACGGAGGACUUGUCAAAGUGUGAGGGAAAGGGAAUACCUAUCUGGUGCUGGUCCCAUCACAGCGGCUGUGCCCUGUUUAAAAUGGCGUCCGUGCCUCUGGGGCAGGAAGACACCAUGUCCCAGUCUCACAUGGAGAGGAUGCUCCAUGCAGUGGCGCAGAACUACCUGUACUCGGUGAAAACGGAGGACCUGACGGAAACGCUGCCCACCCUGCAGGACAUACAGCAGUCCUACAAUAAGUUCAAACAGUUCUUCCUCAUCGACAAUACGAUGGAUUUCUGGCUGUCAGAUGUAAAAUGGUUUUCGUCUCUGGAAAACUCAGGCUGGCUAGACAUGAUCAGGCAGUGUCUCCGGAAGGCGAUGGAGGUGGUGGAGUGUCUGGAGAAAGAAAACACCAACGUUCUGAUAAUGGAGGAGGGGGGAUCGGACCUGUGCUGUGUUGUAUCUAGUCUGGUCCAGAUCAUGCUGGAUCCAUAUUUCCGGACAAUGGUUGGGUUCCAGAGCCUGGUUCAGAAGGAAUGGGUGUCUGGCUGCCAUCAGUUCCUCGACAGGAGUAAUCACCUUCAUCAGAAAGAGAAGGAGUGCCAGUCUCCAGUCUUUCUCUUGUUCCUGGAGUGUGUCUGGCAGCUGGUCCAGCAGCACAGUCCAGCGUUCCAGUUUUCGGAGACGUACCUGACAGUUCUGUCAGACAGCAUCCAUGUUCCCAUCUUUAGCACGUUCCUCUUCAACUCAGCCCAUCACAAAGCCAGUGUCCUACAGGCUGAGUCACCGCGAUCGCAGAACGAGGUGUUGACGUGCCCGCCCGUCUGGGACUGGUCUGUGCAGUUUGACUGCAAGGCCCAGGAUUUCUUCAUUAACCCUCUGUAUGCCGAAAAAAACAAGCCAGACAAAACCCAGCGCAAAACUCACAAACCCAAGCAUCAGAGGCAGCUCUCUCUGCCAAGUUCAGCUUUUAAAACUCCGCCCAAGAAAGGAUUCUUUAAGGAGGAGACGGAGAGCCUUAAGAAGAUGCUCCGGAUGCGACGGGUGAGCCGAUGGUUGGUCUCCCCGGAUUCGCCCCAGGCCUCCACUCGCGAGUUUUACGAAUCCUGGCAGAGAAAACCGCUGGACUACCACGGCGUUCUGCUGCCCUGCCUGGACGGGCCGGCCAUGCGCGUCUGGAUGCAGCGAUACCUGCGCUGGAUUCCCGAGCUGCAGAUUUUCGGCGGGGGGGCCAUCGCCGUGACGAACAGGCUCGCGGAGCUGCAGGGAGAAGUCGUGCAGCUGCGUCGCGAGCUGGACCGGCAGGGCCGCCGCGAAAACAAGCCCGACAACCACCGGCCGCUGGCGCUGAGUCGCUCCUCCGUGCGUCUCUCCUCCUCUUUCCCUUUCGCCUCCAAUCGCAACUGGUCCUUCAAACCAGUCAUCCCCAACAGCCGUCUCCACAGCAUCGACGUCACCGACAACCUGGCCAAUCAGGAAGACGAGGCCACCGAGGCGUUCACCGUGGUCUGAGGGGUCCUCGUCUCCGUCUCCUGGGCUGGUGUGGAACAGUAGCUCUAAAGCACGGUGACCACUGGUUUUCCUUAGUCAGCCACUGGUCCAAU